AUGCCGAAUUACGCGACAAUAUCUGAUGGCCAUCCCGCUGCCUCAGGAAGUGGAAGCGCUGGCGACAUGACAAGACACCGACGAGGGCGCGGCCACCAGAGGGAUGGUGGCCAGGGCGGACAGGCGAGCACGGUGAGCAGCAUCAUCAAUCUGCUGAAUACAAUUGUCGGCGCAGGAACGCUUGCGAUGCCCGCGGCCCUCUCACAUUUUGGUAUCGUCCUCGGGACUAUCGUCGUACUAUGGAGCGCCUUCACGUCCGCAUUCGGAUUGUACCUACAAUCACGAUGCGCCCGCUACCUCGACCGAGGUACUGCGUCCUUCUUCGCACUCUCGCAGCUCACAUACCCGAACGCCGCCGUAAUCUUCGACGCCGCGAUCGCGAUAAAAUGCUUCGGUGUUGGCGUCUCAUACAUGAUUAUCAUUGGCGACCUGAUGCCCGGUGUUGCUAUGGGCUUCGACACACGGGCCGAGGACGUCGCCUUUUUGAUGGAUCGCAAUUUUUGGAUCACAGUGUUCAUGCUUAUCAUCAUCCCGCUGAGCUUUCUGCGCAGGCUUGAUAGUCUGAAGUACACGAGCAUUGUCGCACUGGUCUCAAUUGGAUACUUGAUUGUGCUUGUGGUGUACCAUUUUGCCGCAGACUCCGUUCCUACGCGCGGGUUGGUGAGAGUUAUCACCUGGGGUGGCCCUAUCUCGGCUUUGACCAGCCUACCUGUGGUGAUUUUUGCGUACACAUGUCAUCAGAACAUGUUCUCGAUUUUGAACGAGAUCCAGGACUACUCCCCAAAGAGUAUCAUGGGAGUCAUCUCCUCGAGUAUUGGCUCGGCAGCUUUUAUCUACGUUCUUGUGGCCAUCACAGGUUAUCUCACCUUUGGAGAUGACAUUAAGGGCAACAUUGUGUCCAUGUAUGCCCCGUCCAUCGCCUCGACAAUCGCAAAAGCUGCGAUUGUAGUUCUUGUGACCUUUUCUAUUCCUCUUCAAGUGCACCCUUGCCGGGCUUCCGUCGAUGCCGUGUUGAGAUGGCGCCCCAACGCAGUGUCGCGUCCAUCGAACUGCGCCGGUUCCUCCGGUGGCCGUCCACUCUUAUCUACUGCCCAGCCGAGAUCAGACCAUGGGCCAGGACCGGCUAUGUCGGACAUCAGAUUCCCACUUUUAACCACGGUCAUCUUGGUGCUCAGUUACAUCGUGGCUCUAACCGUUGUCAGCCUGGAGAGAGUGCUAGCAUACGUGGGCAGUACAGGGAGCACAAGCAUCAGCUUCAUUCUCCCCGGCCUAUUCUAUUACAAGAUCUCGGAUCCGGAAAGCAUCCACCACCAACGUCUCACUAAAGAGGACGACGACGCCAAUUCGCCCGUCGCCUCGGACGACGACGAGGAACUUGACGAGAUGCUAGGUGCCAGUGUGACGAGCAUUCAUAGCAUGGUGAGUGGGAGGAGCAGCGCAAGUAAGGGGGCGAAGGGAUCAUGGCGGUGGAAAAGGAAGUGGAGAUGGGAUAUGGAGCAUGUCUCCCACGACUACCUCCGGCGAGCGGCACUAGCUCUUGCAAUUUAUGGGUUUGUCGUUAUGGGCACGUGUUUGGUCCUGAAUACAUUUAUCAGCGUUUCGCAUUAG